GCAAGUGGGUUGUAGGUCAGUUUGGGAGUAAAGUAUUAAUACGGUGCGAGGAAAUCACGUGGUUCUGCCAAUGUUUUGCAAUUGGCUUUGAUUUCUUGCGUAUUAUGACCGUGCACAAGGACAGGCCAUCGCCCCUGGAUUUAUACAGCCAGCUGGCUGUUUUUAUCUGCCGGAGCGAACAAAUCUAGCUUCAUGUCACAAAUCAGGAUGGUCAUCUUCGGAAUCGGCGUGUCCUACGCCCUUUUGCACCGCCGGCUGAACCUGACCUGGAGUCGAAGAUGAACUGGGGAACCUUUUAUGCCGUGAUCAGCGGCGUAAACAGGCAUUCGACUGGAAUUGGGCGCAUCUGGCUCUCUGUCAUCUUCAUCUUUCGCAUUUUGGUGCUGGUGGUUGCUGCCGAAAGCGUUUGGGGGGACGAGAAGUCGGCCUUCAUCUGCAACACCCAGCAGCCGGGCUGCAACAGCGUCUGUUACGACCAGUUUUUCCCCAUCUCACACAUCCGGCUGUGGGCGCUGCAGGUCAUCCUGGUCUCCACCCCGGCGCUGCUUGUGGCCAUGCAUGUGGCCCACCGACGUCACAUCGAUAAGAAAAUAAUGAAGAGGACGGGCCGCGGCAGCCCAAAAGAACUGGAACACAUCAAGAACCAGAAGUUUCAGAUCAUUGGAGCUCUUUGGUGGACAUACAUGAUCAGCAUUAUCUUCAGAAUCCUCUUUGAGGUGGCUUUUCUCUACAUCUUCUACCUGAUCUACCCAGGCUUUAAGAUGGUGCGUUUGGUGAAAUGCGACUCCUACCCGUGCCCCAACACAGUGGACUGUUUUGUGUCCAGACCAACAGAAAAGACCAUAUUUACUGUGUUCAUGCUAGCGGCCUCUGGGGUGUGUGUGCUGCUCAACCUGGCUGAGGUGGCAUACCUCAUAGGCAGGGCCUGCAAACGCUGUUUAGCUGGCUCGGAAAACGAGUCAAAUCCAGCCUGGAUAGGUCAGAGGCUCUCCUCCUAUAGACAAAAUGAAAUCAAUCAGUUGAUAGCGGAUCAUUCCUUGAAGUCAAAGUUUAGUGUGGCCAAAAAGGUCCCAACCGAGAGGGAGGAGAGAUGCUCUGCUUUCUGAAACCUCACCCCUACACACAUUUAUCAGCUUGUUCAUGAUGCAUGUUUUACAUGAAAGACCCACUCCAGUUAUAAUUGUGUUAUUAACAUGUUCUUUUAGCAUUUUUCUCAUGAUGGAGAACGUAUGUAAAGAAAAUUUAAGUUAAAAUUGCAUUUCUGAGUAUUCCUUUAUUCAUUGUGAAUCAGGAGAAGAUGAAAAAAAAACCGUUUUUAUAAAGCUUGUAUUUGUUGCGUACAAACUAUAAGCUCCCUGCUCCACUCCAUUCCGCUAAAUAGAUCCAUGUACGCCUUUGUUUUCCUCGUCUGAGCUGAAAUCUGACUCAAAACUGUACAGCUGGAAA